CAGAUGGCCAAAAUCAUUUGCCCAUCUACCUUUUGACAGACGGGCAAAAUGGUCACCAAACUGGUCCUUCUCUUGGUCCUUUCUGCUCUCAUUGUGCCUGCUCAAUCUGGCCGUGGUGGUGGCCAUCAUCACCAUGGACAUGGACCUGGAAAGAAACCUGGAAAGAAUGAUAAGCAUGACAGGACGGACUCUGGAAGUGAUGUCCAUAAUUUGGAGAUGACAGACGAGGGAAGUGAGGAAGAUGAUGGUGACUGGCUGUUUGAUCUCCAAGAGACAAAAAAGACAUGCGAUCCAAACCCCUGCCUAAACAACGGUGUGUGUGAGAUCAAGAAAGACAAGUUUGAAUGUGACUGUCCCAAACCAUUCAAGGGCAAGAGGUGUCAGAAAGCUCAUAAGGUUUGUAAGAGAGCCAAAUGUGGACGAGGUGAGUGUGUUCUCACCUCAAAGCCUCCCUACUAUGAGUGCAAAUGCAAAGAGCCUUUCCAGCCUCCUCACUGCCAGACAGUGUCAAUGUGUCAGCCCAACCCCUGUAAGAAUGGAGGAUCUUGCAAAAGUAAAGACACAGAGUUUAAGUGUGACUGCCCAGAUGGCUUCAGCGGAAAGUUCUGUCAAGUUGGGCCUGAUGAUUGCUAUGAGGGAAACGGAGAGUCCUAUCGGGGUUUGGUGAGCGAGACAGAAGAUGGAGAUGACUGUCUCUACUGGAACUCCUACUUCAUCUUGGAGAAAGGCACGGAUCCGUUCAGCUCAUAUGAGGAUGAUGACGGACUGGGACCCCACAACCACUGCAGAAACCCUGAUGGAGACACAAGGCCCUGGUGCUUCAUCAGGAGACGGAACAAACUGAGAUGGGAUCACUGCAAUGUGAAAAAGUGUCCUGAACCUUCAGUUCUCCCAACAGCAGAAACGACUGAGGCACCCACAGCCCCCGUACAGCCAGCAGAACCCACACCCGGGCCUCCAGAACCCACACCCAAGCCUGCAGAGCCCACACCCAAGCCUGCAGAGCCCACGGCAGCCUCCAUGCACGGAGAGCAAACAACAGCCACCAUAAAGCCCGCUCAAACCACUGCAUCACCCGUUGUACGGGAGUUCUCCACCUGUGGGCAGCCCCAGCCCAGCCGAGCGUCCCAGCGGAUCUAUGGGGGACUAAAAGCUAUUCCGGGGUCACAUCCCUGGCAAGCAUCCCUACAGGUUCGACCCAUUGGCACUCAGCUGCCCUUCCAACACGUCUGCGGUGGAGCACUCAUCAAACCUUGCUGGAUACUGACCGCUGGCCACUGUGUACGUGACAAACAGAAACAGAUGAGGGUAGUCCUGGGUGGUGUGGAUCUAGGAAAGCAUGAAUCCUUCGAUCAGAUUGUGGAGGUUGAGAGUGUCAUAAUUCAUGAAAAAUACAAAGAAACCCCAGAAGCAAUUGUAAAUGAUAUUGCUUUGAUGAAGCUGAAAGCUGUCGACGGUCGCUGUGCCAAUGAAACCAAGUUUGUGAAGACAGUCUGUCUGGCUGACAGUCCCUUUCCAGAUGGGACUGAGUGUACCAUUUCCGGAUGGGGAGCCACAGAGACAUCUGAGUACGGCUCCAGCCAGCUGCUGGACGCUAAUGUUCUCCUGAUCUCCCAGGAGCGCUGCAGCUCCAGCAAGGUGUACGGCACAGCCGUGGAUGACAGCAUGCUCUGCGCUGGGUACCUACAGGGUGGAGUUGACUCCUGCCAGGGUGACUCUGGAGGCCCUCUGACGUGUCAGAGAGAUGAUGUGCACUACGUUUACGGAUUGGUGAGCUGGGGCGACAGCUGUGGGAAGGAGAACAAGCCCGGCGUCUACACUCGCGUCACCAAAUUCACCGACUGGAUCAACUCCAAAAUACAGGCAGCCUAGCAGGCGACAUGUUGCUCAGGUUCCUGGCCAGCUCUUCACAGAGGGAUGUUUUUACUGUUACGACAAUAAAAAUGUGAGGAAUUUGUUCU